AUGGCACCAAAAUCAAAAACUGUGACAUAUGGCUGGAUCUGGCCCAAAGAUCCACGAAGAGGAAACCCAAACCACUGGCCCCGACACUGGCGUCUCAAGGAUAUCCUCACGAACAAAGGCCCAGAUAUAUACAUCGGAUCAAUCAAGUCAUACAAACCCAAUCUCAGCCCAUCAGCAACAGCAGGUGAAAAUACGAUUGCAACAGCACCGAAGAAAACCAACUGGUCACGCUGGGAGGAGCAGGAAAACAAACACAAGGCAAUUCCAUGGGCACGACGAUCAACUGAUGAGCGGUAUGAUUUCCGGACACGCAAGUACGCGAUUCCUGAUGAAGGGACGUGGAGUCAGGUGCAGUAUUGUUCAAAUCGGUUCCAUGAUGUACCGAGAAUGUACUGGGAUCAAUAUGGAAAUCAAUACCCAGCGGAAUUUUGGCAUGAUAGUCAAUAUGGCCCUCAUCGGGAUAUGUGA